CCGAAAUGCAUACUGUAAUGACCCGCGGUAACGCGAUUUUAGCGUACUCGCUGAGUGUCCUUUCGGUGCUUACUUUCUGCUGCUUUGCUUCCACCUUCUUUUACGAUUAUCGUACGGAUGCCCGGAUCAGCACGGUGAAGGUGCUGGUGAAAAAUGUGCCGGAUUUCAGUGCUUCCCGGGAAAAGAAUGAUCUUGGCUUCAUCACAUUCGAUCUCGCAACCGAUCUAAACCCGCUGUUUAACUGGAACGUAAAGCAACUGUUCCUGUACCUAACCGCAGAGUACACCACGGAACAGAACGCACUGAACCAGGUGGUACUGUGGGAUAAGAUUAUUCUGCGCGGCGAGAACGCUAACCUGGACUUUAAGAACAUGAACACGAAGUAUUAUUUCUGGGACGAUGGAAACGGUUUGAAGGGCCAUCGGAAUGUAACGUUAACGCUAUCGUGGAACAUCAUCCCCAACGCUGGACUAUUGCCGAGCGUAUUCUCCCAUGGGCAGCAUUCGUUCAAGUUCCCUGAAGCCUAUAUUGAGUCUCCGGUCUAGUAGUUAAGCCGAUAAGCAAGCUGGGGGCAGUCUGUU